AUGAUAAUUACUAACGUGGGAACCGCAGAAGUGCUCGGUGGCAUCGGCGUUAGUUCCUACAAGGAGAGCGGUAUCUUGAUACCCCAGAACAAUCGCAAUGGCUGGGUCAAUCCUGAAGACUUGACUCCCAUGCCACAGUGCAUCGCCCAGCAGGAUCAAUCCAUCUGGCUGAGUGCCAUGACGAAAUGUACCAGCCUACGAUGCACUCGGCAUUUUGGAGUCAUCUGCACCCACCACCAAUGGCUGACGCAGCUUAGCUGCCUCAGUGUCGCCUUUUCUGCCGAUUUGGUCCAAGGUUAUCUCCCAAACUGCAGCCGAUCAGUGCUCGCCAAAGCUCAGUUGUAUCUGUGGAUUCGGAAAGUCACUGGUCGGACGUGGCUUGUCGACGUCGGCGACACGAACGGGUUGCAAAACCUCUCCCCGGCCUCCCUGGCUAAAGGAUAUGCGGCCGUUGACGUGAUUGACCUGGCACCGACGUGUCUGACGGGCUCACAUUCUCCUUCAUCGAUGGAAGCAUUUCAACAUGUGAUAGCCUCCUGUAGUUUCACUAGUGUCACCCAACAUACCGGAAAUGCCGCUCGUCCUUGGGAGUACAGUCGGGCCCAUCAGUCCAUGAUCCCGCUGGAUUAUGAGACUGUCGGUUAUGACAUCACCUGGAGUUACAUCAGAUCUGGUGACUAUUUUGACAGAGCAUGCUUCUGCGGUGCGUUUAGGAUCGACCCCCAAACGGAACCGUGCAGAACACCGGGGGAAAUAGACUUGACAAGGGAGCGAUUGUGGAUGAAUGCCACUUGUGGGCCGACGUCGCUACCCGCAAACUGGACGGACGGACUCAAGACCACGGAAUUCGCGUAUAUCCCCAUCGACGAAUUGCACUGGCCUAAGUGUGUCGCGGAUAUGCCGAAGCAAGUGAUCGAGCUCCCUAGUCAAUGCGCAACCGACGCUUGUCGGGUCGACCCCGAUGGCUACUGCCAGGUCGUGCGCGCAGUUGACCGGGCUUGCUUCUGCCGUGACAUUCGUUAUGCUUCCUGCGGAGGCUCCUGCCAGACUUUCGAGACGCGAAUAGAUUAUGUCAAUUGGCUCCACGAACUUUGUGGCAAUGUGCAGGACUGGCAUGGUCUGCCGGAUAACUGGCGUCAAUUGGCCACCACCACCCGCAACGACAUGAUUCCAUGGCGAUGGAAUCUCAAGCCAUCCAACAAUUCUAACCCGGCCUCUAUAACCCAUUCGGGAUCUACCAAGGUCACAGAAACAUGUGCCACGACCGAGUGGAAGCUCGGAAGCCUGGCGAUGAUCAAUACAGCGACCUUGCUUGCCGCCUUUCUCGGCCGGAGAACCCGCGUCCAUCAAAUCGCCAGUGGCUUUCGCUGGCACCCGCAUCUGCAAGGUUGGUUUUCCAGAGGGGUGUUCAUCGCCGCUCUUCAACUCUUUGCCAACUGGCUCAAUGCAUUCCUUGUUCAGCAAACCACUGGUUAUGAGGACGUGCCCAUUGUUCGGUUGAUGCUCCUCUGGUGCUCUAUGCCUCGACUUACUUGGCUCGUGACUUUGCUACUUGAUACACGACCAUUGGAAGCGAUGCAUUGCUCCGCGGCCAGGUCUUCCCUGUUUGCGGAAACGAUCCUCCAGGGUUUGUCGUCGUAUUAUCUAGUUAUGACCGUCAAUUAUGGCCGAGCGCACAACUUCUACGUUGAAGGCAUGGAGAAACUAGACGGCGCACCACCGGCAAAAUUUAUGUAUGCUGGAGCAUUCUUGUGGCAUGUUGUCGCUAUCGCGGCGUUUGUUUCGUCGCUGGUGCUCUUAAAUCGACAUUGGAAGUGGUUGGGGCAGAGGAUGGCACCACACUGCGCACACGAGGAUAAGGGCUCGGAAGAAGAAUCGUUGACGAGAAGUGAGGGGCGAAGUUACAUGGCAUAUGGCACUCUCCAUGUUGAACGCCAACACAACCAGGUUACCCGGAAAGCAUUUACGAAGCUGCACACAGUCGCGAUUAUAACCAUGCUCUUUCUUUGGAUCGCGCAGUGGCUCUUUUGGAGCGGAUUUAUUGGUCUGAGUUUGGAAGAGUGCGUUUCAUCAACUUACUGGGCUCAUAUUCACUGA